CCUGUCAGGAUGUUCCUGCACUGCGAGACUCUCUACUACGCUUUUAUUCUGCUGGCUCACAUGAGAUCCUGCUGCUGCUGGUCAGUGAAUAAUUUCUUGAUGACUGGGCCCAAGGCGUAUCUGAUCUACUCGAGCAGCGUGGCGGCAGGCGCUCAGAGUGGCAUAGAGGAGUGCAAAUACCAGUUUGCAUGGGACCGCUGGAACUGCCCAGAGAGGGCUCUGCAGCUGUCCACACACAGCAGCCUACGCAGCGCAAAUCGGGAGACAGCCUUUGUCCAUGCCAUCAGCUCUGCCGGGGUUAUGUACACCUUAACCAGGAACUGCAGUCUUGGAGACUUUGACAACUGCGGCUGCGACGACAGCAGGAAUGGACAGCGAGGCGGUCACGGUUGGCUGUGGGGCGGCUGCAGCGACAACGUUGGCUUCGGAGAGGCCAUCUCCAAGCAGUUUGUCGAUGCCUUGGAGACUGGGCAGGAUGCACGAGCGGCCAUGAAUCUCCAUAAUAAUGAAGCUGGACGCAAGGCUGUGAAGGGGACCAUGCAGAGGACGUGCAAGUGCCACGGCGUCUCGGGAAGCUGCACCACUCAGACCUGCUGGCUGCAGCUGCCCGAGUUCAGGGAGGUGGGGAACUACCUGAAGGAGAAGUACCACCGCGCUCUGAAGGUGGAUCUGCUGCGAGGAGCGGGCAACAGCGCCGCCAGCCGGGGAGCCAUCGCCGAGACCUUCAGCUCCAUCUCCCGCAAGGAGCUGGUCCACCUGGAAGACUCCCCCGACUACUGCCUGGAGAAUCGAACCCUGGGCCUCCCCGGCACGGAGGGCCGCGAGUGCCUCAAGAAGGGCAAGAACCUGAGCAAGUGGGAGAAGCGGAGCUGCAAGAGACUCUGCGGGGAGUGCGGGCUCGCCGUGCAGGAGCGCAAAGCCGAGAUGGUGUCGAGCUGCAACUGCAAAUUUCACUGGUGCUGCGCGGUGAGGUGUGAGCAGUGCAGAAAGACGGUCACCAAGUAUUUUUGUGUCAAGAAAGGAGGACAGAGGGGGAGGAACGAGAGCGCCAGCAGCCGGCGGAAAAACCUCCGACUGAGGAAGAAGCACUGA